UCCGAUGAUCCUUUCUUCCUCUCUUCCACCGUCUCUCCUACUCUUAGGUUGUUGUGCUCUGUGUUGAUCGUUGGCACGAUGGCAACAUGGUUGGUUGACAAAAUGAUGGAUGCGAUCAUCGACUCUUGCUUGCAGUACCUUCAAGGUCGGAUCGAAUCGCAUACGAGCGUGGAGGAGGAGCUGGAUAGGCUGCGAGGUUACCGAAAUAAGAUUCAAGAUGUGGUCUCCGCUUCCAACCAAGCACAGAUCAGAGAUUGUAGCGAGGCACUGGAUGAGUGGAUGCAGCGGCUACGAGAUGCCAUUGAUGAUGCAAAUGAUUUGCUCGAGGAGUUUCAGUACUUGGGGCUUAAAGAGCAGCUAGCCAGACCCAACGUGGAAAAAACUGAAUCAAAAAAACGAGGCUUCAUCCCUCCGCUCAUUUGGGAAUUGGCUCUCAAAUUUCGCAGAGUUGGGGAUGGUGUUCUCCAAGAUGAUCCCAACUUGAAGAGAUUGAAGGAGGUUGUGCGGAAUCUCGAUAAAGUUUCAACUGAGGUGAGUAAUUUUUUUCAAAUUUUAAAAUACACUGAAGAGAAGGCGGCUUCCGACGAUCGUGAAAGGGGAUCCUCCCCUGGACCUGUUUUCAUCGGUCGCGGUAGGGAAAAAGCUAAUGUUAUGAAGCGGUUGGGAGAGCCAUCAAAUCAAGAUCCAAGUGACACAGAUUUAUACAAUAACAUUUCUCUUUUGUCUAUAGUGGGUCUUGGUGGUAUGGGGAAGACGACUCUCUUGCAACAUGUCUUUGAAGAUGUGAAAGAGGAAUUCGAUCUGAAGAUUUGGGUGUGUGUUUCCAACAACUUUAAAGAGGAAGAAGUCAUUACUGAUAUGUUGAAAUAUCUUAAUAAAUGGAAGCCUCAUUUAAUGAAACUUCCUGCUCUUCAAAACACACUUAAAUUUGUGAUGCAGUCCAAGAAGUUUUUGCUUGUUCUGGAUGAUGUUUGGGAGGAGGGGAGUACUACCAAAUGGGGGAAUGUGCUCUCCCCUCUGGCUAAGGGAAGCUUGGGAGGUAAGAUUUUGGUAACAACCCGGAUGGAUUCAAUUGCAUCCAUGAUUGCAGAGGUGAUUAGAAAGAAGAAUAAAAUGUUGAGAUUAGAGGGCUUGAAGGAUGAUGAGUGCUUGCAACUCCUCAAAGCUCAUGCAUUCGGUGCAUUCGGUGCAUUCGGUGUUAAAGAAAACAGUAGCCUUGUUCAUAAUGAGUUAGAGUGCAUUGCUGAAGAGAUCGUUAAAAAGCUUUCCGGUUCUCCCUUGGCGGCAAAGGUCAUUGGAUGUAUUCUUAAGUCUGAAUUGACUCCCAGCAAAAGUAAGCAUUGGCAAAGAGUUUUGAAUAAAAAUAUUGAAAGCAUAACAUCACUGCCUUGCCAGGAUAAAAAUACAAUCCUUACAGUCUUAAGAUUGAGCUAUUCCAUCCUCCCAGAUCCUUUAAAAAAUUGUUUCGCAUUCUGUGGUAUAUUCCCACAAGGUCAUCUAUUUGAUAAAGAUGAUUUGGUUCGAAUGUGGAUUGCAUUGGAUUUUGUCCAGCCGCCUUCUAACCCAGGAGACACUAUCGAAGAUAUGGGCAGAUGGUAUUUUGAUACUUUGGUCAAAAUAUCUUUUUUUGACAAGAAAAACUCGACAUUUUAUACGAUGCAUGACUUAAUACAUGCAUUAGCACGGGAUGUUUCUCAGAAAAAAUGCUUUAGGUUUGUGGAAAAUAAAGAUUUGUCUUUUGACAUUCCUGAAACUAUUCGACACUUAUUUGUUGAUAUUACAAAUCUAGAUAUGCUGAGAGAGAUUACAAAAUUGAAACAUUACGUUCGUAACUGGUGCCCAGAGUCAAUCGAAAAUUUGAUACAUCUCAGAUACUUGAAUUUUUAUAGAACCCGAAUAGCACUGCUACCAAAAGCUCUUUGCAAUCUUUAUCACUUGCAGUUUUUGAUCUUUAAUUCAAUAUCUAAAUGGGCAUUUUCUGAUGAUUUCAUCCCAGAAGAUAUGAAUAAUCUUUCAAAUCUACGUUACCUAAAAUUGCCUCGGAAAUCCUUUUCUGGGAUGUUUGGGCAUUGGAAUUUAAAGUCACUUCAAAAAUUGGAUGGAUUUUAUGUUAGGAUUAAGAAUGGUUAUAAGAUUUGGGAGCUGAAACAUUCGAAUGAGAUUUGUCGAAUACAAAAAGUGAGGAAUCCUAGAUGUCGUUACCGUAUUUAUAGUGAUGAAUUCAGUUUUCCUAGUGAUGAAUUAGAUUAUAAGAAAAACCUCACAAAUUUGUCCUUAGAUUGGGGUGACUAUGACUGCAUAGAUAAGGAAAGAAGUGGCACACUUAAAUGGGGUUUCUAUGAACGCACAGUUGAGGAAAGUGGCACCUUUACCAACUUUGAACAUCUGCUUACAAACCUUCAAAUAGAUAAGAAUAGUAGAACAUCAAGAAAAGUGGGACCAGAUUCAGAUUCAGAUUCAGAAGUGGUGAUGCUUGAAAAACUUGAACCACCCAGCAACAUAAAGGAAUUGUUGAUCCAUGGGCACAUGGGUGCAGGGUUUACAUUAUGGUUGAGCAAAGUCAAUUCAAUUUUUAAUGUAGAAUACAUCAAACUGGAUAAGUGUUUGAACUGGGAAAUUCUUCCACCUUUUGGGCAGCUUCCUCGUCUCAAGUAUCUUUACCUUCAUAACAUGCCAAAAAUAGAGCUGCUUGAUAAUAAAUUUCAUCAUGAUCCAAAGGUUUGUACCCUUCCAUCACUGGAGUUGCUACAUAUUGAAAAUUUACAAGUGUUGGAGGUUUGGUUUGAUGUAGAAGCAGCAAAAGAUAACUGUUUGUUUCCUUGCUUAAAGAAACUCUACCUCAAAGACUGCCCAAAAUUGCAGUUGUUGUCCUGUUUAGCUCCUAAGCUCGAGAGAUUGGUGUUGAAUAAAAUUACGUGGAAAUCUUUUGACUUUCUAAACGAUAACAACAACUGUUGCAACAUCUUAAUUCGAAACUGCAGCAAUUUAAAGAAUCUCUCAAGAUAUAUGGCUUCGAGCUAUGAGCUCAGAGUGAGGGCAGAAGUUAUAAAUGAUCCAUCGGUGUUGAUGAUGGAGCCAUUGAGAAGUACCAAGUCCAUUAACUUGCUAAAAAUUAUGGAUUGUCCAGUGAUUUCAUUUCCAUAUGGGGCAGAACAGUGGUUUCAAAAAGUUAGUUUCAUUCGUGAGUUGAAAUUGGAAAGACUUCAAAAUCUUCAGGCUCUCCCUUACUUCUCAUCACUUGAGAUUUUACAUAUAAUAGAUGUUCCCAAGCUCCAUAGGCUGUCUUACAUCCCCGCCUCUCUGAAACAGUUAAGGCUUCAAAAACUAGAAGCAUUGCAGGAUCUUCCGUCGUUUACGGAUGUCUCUUCACUUGAGAUUUUAGAUAUGAUAGAUGUUCCCAUGCUCCAGAGGCUGUCGUACAUCCCCGCCUCUCUGAAACAAUUAAGUCUUCAAAAACUCGAAUCAUUGCAGGAUCUUCCAUCUUUUCGGGACGUCUCUUCACUUAAGAUUCUACAUGUGAAAGAUGCCUCUAAGCUCCAGCAACUGCCUAACAUCCCGACCUCUCUAGAAAAUUUAAAGCUUGAAGAACUUGAAUUGUUGCUGCAUCUUCCAUCUCUUAGGGAAGACUCUUCACUUAAGAUUCUAUAUGUGAUAGAUGCUCCUAUGCUCCAGCAACUGCCUAACAUACCUGCCUCCCUAGAACAAUAAUGGCUUGAAAGACUCGACUCAUUGCAGAGUCUUCCAUCAUUUAGGGGUGACUCUUCACUUAAGAUUUUACAUGUGGAAAAGGUUCCUCUGCUUCUCUCGAACACUUAAAGAUUAAACAUCUCGAAUCAUUAUAGCAUCUGCCAUUUUCCUUUUCCAAAUCUUCACUUAAGAUUCUACAUGUGAAAGAUGUUCUUCAGCUCCGACUGCUGCCUGAAAUCCCCGCCUCUUUGAAACAUCUU